AGACUCGAGCAACGUAAAAGGAGCAGAGACAGGUGAUGGAGGACUGACGUUCUUUAUUUAAUUGUAUCAGAGUUUUGUUACUAGAAAGCAACUAGGGGUUCAGGUCAGUUUUCCGUUAAAGGUAGCUCGUUGUUAUAUCGAGGUUAGAAAGUAAACUUGGACGAAGCAACGUUCACAUGAACCGACAAUGUUUAAAGUGAGUAUUUAAAGCAACAAGACAUUUUGGAAAUGGAUUCAGGCAAACUUGUGCACAGAAGAAAACCGGACUUUCCUGUAAUCAGACCAAGAGCAUCGGAUAAGAAGCAACAUAUUCCAGAGGUCGGUGUUAAAAGUCUUGAACUCGGUAAGGUGAUCCGUCUUCUUGAAGAUCCUUUGACAGCUAACUUGAAGGAGAGGCACCUCUUUGUCCUGAAGAAACUACUGAAGAGAAGCCAAAUUGGCUUUCUCUUGAAGGAGCUGACAUGCAUCGCCAAAAUACUCAACAUCUGUGCUGAGAAAGUGACAGAUCACCCAGAAUAUGUGCCCAUUCUGUGUGAGGCACUUCAUAUCUGUAGGCUUCCCUUCCUGAAGGAGAAAGCAUCCGAUGAGCUGAACUACGCUCAGGACGCCAUAGAGUUCCUCUCUCACAUGGGCUGUCUGAUGAGGGUGUCCCAUGCUGAAGUGAGACAGCAGACGGUUGAGUCUGUGAAAUCAUUCUACAGCUGCGUGGCUCCUAAACAGCUGAUUGACGGUACUGACCGUCUUGCAAAGCCAAAGCCUCGGAUUUUCCCCUCUGGCAACCGAUUUUCUAGACUUUCACUGAGGCUUCAGCCGACCUCUCCAGGCUACAGGCUGCAGCUGCUGGAGCGCAGUGAGCUGGCUCAGACGUUGCUCCUCUCCCUGGCCGCUCUGGAGAACCAGCCUGCCAUCAAACUGCAGCUCCUGCACACACUUCAGAUCCUCUCCAGGUCCUCUGAUAUGAACUGCGCGUCAAUACUGAAUGCACGAGGAGCAGAGACGAUCUGUCUCCACAUGAACGAACCCGACCCGUCCGGCCAGGUCCUGUUCCGCUCCUCUGAAAUCCUCUGGAACCUGCUGGAGAGAGGCAGCAAGGAGGUCACUGCUCAGCUCAGCAGCAUGGAGUGUGUCAUUUCUCUGAAAGAAGCGUUUCUUCAGCAGCUGAUGAACGGUUCCCGUAACUCUGACCUGCAUCUCAGAAACGAUCUGCUUGUGAUCACAACUCUCAUCGCAGAAAGUCCUAGUUCUCUGCUUAUUGAGAGUUUAUUUGCCAAACAGCUCGUGGUUUUGGCCACGUUUCCAGAGCUGAAAAGUUCCAACCCUUUGGUCCGCAACCUCAAGCUCGCCUACAAUAACGAAGACUUGAAAAUGAAGAAGUUGCUUUUGAAUCUGUUGGUUUUGAUGUCGAAGGACUUUGCUGCUCUGCAGCUCUAUAAAGAGGAAAGUGUGAUGCUGGCUCUGCUGACGCUCGUGAAGCCGCCCGCUGCCUCGUCUCAGCGCCGGUCAGCGUCGCUUCAGUGGUCCUCGGUCCAGCAGAGGGAGCUCCAGCUGCAAGCACUGGCCACCGUCUGCACCAUCGCUCCGCUCAUGUUGGCCGACUACAUGACGCAUAAGGGGAGCACGUGUCUGCUGCUCCUGCUGGACCAGUGCAUUGCUCAAGAUGCUUUCUUUGGUCAGGGUCACGGCUCCCAUGACGGACUACGAAGAGGCAGCAUGAAGGCUCAGAUGCGACAUUGUAUCAGGGUGCUGAGAUCUGUGACGUCUUUAGGAGAAGACUCGGUCAACCAGGACUUUUGUGAUCAAGGAACCAUCAACCAGUUCUUGGGGAUUUUGAUGCAGAUGGAAGCGAGUCCUGACGAGGAGGACGUACUCACCCUGGAGAUAAAGUCAGACAUUCAACUGAUACUUUCAGCGCUGUGUGAGAAUGACAUGUACAGAAAGGAGCUGUUUGGGUCAGAGGUAGUAGAGAUGGCGAUUCACUUCCUGAAGAAAGGCUGCGACAAGUUCUACAGCGGUCUGGGACACAACACGCUCAUCCUCUCAACAGUGGACUGCGUGCGGUCCUGUAUUGUGGGCUGCUACACCACAGAAGAUUACUUUUUGGCUAAAGAGGGGGCGUGUCUUCUGUUGGACUUACUCCGUUCGAGCCCCAGAUGCGUACACUGCAACGUCCUCGCCACCCUGCUGGAGUUAUGUGACAACCCGAACACUCUGUCUCACAUCCUGAGCUGGAGGGACGCCGGCGGUCAGACUGCUCCCAGAUUCCUGCUGCAGCUGUGGAGGGACGAGGAGGAGGAGCUGAAAGUCAGCCGAAACCGAGACGGAGGGAUCGCAGACCCCCAGAGACCCAUCAUCAGUCAGUACCAUCAGGAGGACGCCCAGCUGUCAUUUCCUGCUAACAUACCGAGUGCAGCAGUGCUGGAGGUGUCAGAGAACCUGCGGUUAAAGAUUUACUCCAUCUUCUGCAAACUUGGUUUUCAAGACCUUCCUGGAUUGUCCAGAAAGGAUUAUGCGACCUUGAGCAUCGUCAGGAGAUACCUGAGCUUCAAGGUCGGUGAGGUGUGGGACGAGAUCCGCAGGGAGCUGAGUUCAGACGGCGUGAGGCCGAUCACCCCUGACGAGGAGGCCCUGAGUACCAUCUGUAAGUUUGCAGAGGACACGGCGAGGAGGGUCGCGGCAGAACAGAACAGCAUCCUGGAGCAACAGCAGAAGGAGGACAUCGGCGAGGAGGAGCUCAUGUACACGGAGAUUAAGUCUCAUUGGAAGCAGCGGGAGCUGAUAGCCAAGUCAUGGGACCGCUACGUUUCCAAGACUUCAAACUAUGAGAUCCUGAAGGAAGUGAAAGCACAGAGGGAGAAAUACCAGGAUGCUGCGGUUCAUCCAACAGAGCAUUUCGUCGGGCAGGUGAUGUCUGUAGAGAGAGCAGGCGCUCAGGGGCCCGCAGGAGUGAAACUGAUUCUGGCCAGAGCUCCCAUCAAGGCUGCGGGUCAGGACCAAGUUGGAGCCACAAGUCAGGACCCAGAAUACUUCAGCACCGUAUCUGUAAAAGACUGAUGUUUCAUACACGCCCUUUAUAUUGUUAUCGCACAUUUAUUUUAUCUUGUACACUUGAAUGCACACCCAACAAGACACAAACCAAACUUUGCAGCACGGACACACAUUUAUAACGAAUAGAUGUUUAUUUCUAACGGCCUCUGUUUCAUUCCCAGUGUUUCUUUUGACUCAAAUGCAGACGUGAGGUCACUUGAUGUGCACAAUCAGCACCUUGUAGUCUGUUCCACCCAUUCAACAGACAAACACACAAACUGACUGGCCUUUGUGGCAGUACUAGCUGUUAAAAUGUAUGUAAUAAUAAAACAACAUACUUGUUUUUUUAGAUAACAUGAAAUGUGUUUUGAUUUGUAAACCUUUUUUCUCCCACAACAGUCAGAUCAUUAAACAUAUAAUUAAAACGUUUCUAUGCAUUCAUUCUCCAACGAGCAUUGUAUCUAUAACUAACGGGGCGACAUGAACAGUGAGACCCUGAACAGUCAAAUGUGGCAUCAUGGAAACUGAGGCCUUAUGUAACACCAAAAUAUCAAUUUAAUUUAAAGAUUAAAACAAGUCUAAUUAUCUCCACUAAAGGUUGAUCCUCGUUUGUGAAAGGCUACCUGCUGUUUGGCAGCUUGUGCCACCCAGAAGGUCCAUUUAGGACAGUUGUUGAAAAGUGUUCUCUCUGUAGUGUUUUUGGGUUACAUAAGUCACUGCAGCGCAUUAACACACAUGUUCCUUCAAGCGUGCAACAUGCUGCACAGAGCCUCUUCUUCUUCUCUCUCUCUCUCUCUCUCUGCUCUCACCAUUUUACCGGCUGGAUGACCAAAUGGUCUCCGACAGGCCACGGCUCUUGAUGCAGCUUUGUGAGUGUGUAUGUGUGUGUUGAGCCCCCGUCAGACUGGGACGUUCACACUGUACAAAGGAGCAGGGGCAAACGGCAGCCCUCUUCAGUGCGACAAGCUGCCGCUGUUUGUUCAAGCUGCUGAGGGGCUUCACAUGCUGUCUAUCUGACUGACUGUCUGUCUGCGGGCGUUGAGCUGCUGGAGUCGUUGAUGAAGGUGAGGAUGAGCGUCGACGGGUGUUCGUCAACUCCAGAGAGGACACGAUUACUUCAAAACUGAAGGUUGUUGGCUCGUCUGAGGAGCUCCAGCAGCAGAAAUGAUCAUCAGACUGGGGAGACUGACACCAGGAUACUUCCGUCUGCUCCAGAGGCAGGUCUCAGGUGAGGUCCGGAUGCAGCCACAGAGCAGUCUCAUCGAUCCCAUCGCCAUGACGAUGGCGGCGGUGGGGAUGGGAGUGUCUCUGUACAGUGCCAGGCAGAUGGCAGAGAGAGUCGAUCUGAAACACCCAGCUGCCUGGGAUCAGUGAGCGGCUCUGUGGGCGGUUCAUGUGACAGCGUGUUUGUUUGUGUACGUCACAGAGGGGUUUGAGGUUUUGUAGGUUGAGGGAGUUUAUGAGUUUUGUGGUGUUGCUUGAAGGAAAAAUGUAAGCGUCCCAGGAGGAAAAAUGUGAGUCAUUGUUCAGUUCCAGCAGGAGCAUUUGUCAAGUAGUCAAACAAUUUACCCUUUUUUGCAAUCUCAACAUUUAUAAGCAAAUAUGAGUGAGCCUGUAGUUCACCCACUCUGCAUAUCUUGUGCAGCUUGCCCUUAACUUAACCAGUGAUUGUAUUUUAAUCCAAUAAAUGAGCAUAUCAUUUGUCAACAAGGAUCUCUGCAUUAAAGUUUGACCUGCAGCCGUUAUUAUUUCCUGCAUUUUAUAGUGCUGUAGAACAUGAAUAAGAAAAAUAACCACAGAAAAUCUAAUAAAAUAAAUAUGUAGGAAAUUAAUUUAGCACACAAGCUUGUUGUAUUUAUUUAUAUCAGUUAAACAUGCACUUCCUUGUACUUUAGCAUCUUGAGUGUCGAUUGUACAUCCUAGAGCAGCAUCACCCCUUUGAGUAUUUAUUUGCAAAGCAGACUAUAAGCAGCUAAAGGAAGAGUUGUUGUCAUGUUUGUACUAGAAUUUAAUAUAACAAAGGAAAUGUAUGUAAAUGUAAAAUGCCACAAAGACACAUUCAAAAUGAUUGACUUUGUAUCGUAACAAAUUUGCUAAAUUGAUGUAAUCCUCAAAUAAAAAUGUUCACAGAUUUGA